AUGACGCCCCUCGACUCCAAAGGGUUAACCGUCACCCAUGAUUCGGGCCGGACAGGCUCACCCGAUCUCCGUCUGAUCCACUUCAACGACGUGUAUCACAUUGAGUCAGGAUCAGCCGAACCAGUUGGCGGUGCCUCCCGCUUCCAGUCUGUAGUCAAUUACUACCGCAAUGACCCGCGAUAUGCCGAUCAACCCAACGUCCUCACCUUCUUUUCCGGUGACGCUUAUAAUCCCAGUCUUGAAAGCACAGUCACGAAGGGCCGUCACAUGGUCCCUUUCCUAAAUAAUACAGGAAUCAAUGUGGCAUGUGUGGGAAAUCACGAUCUAGACUUUGGAGUGACCCAAUUCCGACACCUGGCAACCCAGUGCCAUUUCCCGUGGCUGCUGGCCAAUGUUCUUGACCCAGCCCUUGGCGAGGAUGUACCGAUCGCCAAUUGUGGGAAAACCCAUCUGCUCACCUCCUCGAACGGGAUAAAGGUAGGCGUCAUCGGCCUGGGAGAAAGAGAAUGGCUCGGUACGAUUAACUCACUUCCCCCGGACUUGAUCUACAAAUCAGCCUCCGCCACCGCCGCCAAGCUGGCGCCUAAGCUCCGUGAUCAAGGCGCGGAAAUCGUCAUCAUCGUCUCUCACCAGCGCGAGCCCAAUGAUGUCAAAUUGGCAAAGAAUCUGCCGGCGGGCUUGGUGGACAUUAUCAUGGGAGGACAUGACCAUUUCUAUGCUCAUUCUAUUGUGAACGGUGUUCAUGUACUGCGGUCGGGGACCGAUUUCAAGCAGUUGAGCUAUAUCGAAGCCUUCCGCAAUACUGGCACAAGCUCGGGAUGGGCCUUCAAUAUUUUACGGCGAGAUGUCUUACAUUCAAUACCAGAGGAUCCCAGCACUGUCGCCAUGGUAGACAGGUUGACUUCAAAUCUGAAGGCCAAAUUAGAAAAGCCCGUCGGAUACACAGCAAGUCCACUGGACAGCCGAUUCUCCACCGUCCGUCAGCGCGAGUCCAACCUCGGUAACUUUGUGUGCGAUCUGAUGCGCCAUUAUUACAAGGCUGACUGUGCCAUGAUGGCUGGAGGCACCAUUCGUGGUGAUCAAAUCUAUCCGCCUGGAGUCUUACGGCUGAAGGACUUGCUGAAUUGUUUUCCCUUUGAAGAUCCCGUGGUGUUGAUUCGCGUUACCGGUCAAGCCUUACUUGAUGCCCUGGAGAACGGCGUCAGCCAACUUCCGGCCCUUGAAGGACGUUUCACCCAGGUCUCUAACAUCGCAUUUGGUUUCAAAUUGAGCAAUCCCUCCGGCUCGCGUCUUACCUUUGCUCAAGGCGGCAAUGUGGAAGAAAUCGUCUCGGAAGAGAACGGUGUUCUCAUCAGCACCAUUCUGCGCCAAUACUUUUUAAGUUUGAAGGUUCUCGGCAAGUGGCGGCGAUGGAGCCCUAGUCUCCGAAGACACUGGGGGGUGAUUCAUCGAGGAUUGCAUAGCGACGGUCGCCUCAAACCUCCCUCGGCAAUAUCCUCGCCGGUGGCAGAGAAAACACCAGCUCAUCGACUCGGUUCCCGACCAGGACUUCAACGAACCGGUCGAGAAGCUUACUACUAUGGACGGUUCCCCGAGGAGGUGAAGCCAGAGGAUGUUGCCGACAAUGGAACUAACAGCGAUGCAAUGGACUCGGACUCUGAUGAUGACCCGGAGAUCCUCACAUCACCCCAGCCUAUCAAAAAUUACGUGACAUCUCCUGCAACGUCAUCUGCAGAUGAAGAACAUCGUUUGAAGCUCGCGCGCCGUGUUGUCAGGAAGUGGAUGCGACAUGCGCGUUUGCAACCCUCUUCCCUCAGUUCCAUGGAUGGGGAGGGCGAGUUCAUCCCCCCGUGGACAUCGGGUAUUGCGCCUCGAAUCGAGGGGCGAAUUGUGAUUGAGUGA